AUGAAAGUUGAAUGGUUCAAAGAUGGGAAACCCGUCCUGAUAGGUCAUCGAUUCCGUUCAGUACUUGAUUUCGGUUUUGCAUGCCUGGAUGUUCUGUAUGCGCUGCCGGAUGAUACGGGUGAAUAUACGUGUGUUGCUACAAAUCCGUACGGUAAAACAACAACUUCUGCGAAAUUGGCUUGUUCGGGCUCCAAACAUAUUAUCACCGAAAGUCAGCUUCCACAGGGUGUUUUGGUUUCUGAUGUUAAGAAACUUGGCGAUCAGCCAUACUGGUAA